ACCGCGCGAGGUCUCCAAUGUCAAUUCGGAGUUUGCCCGUUACUCCUGUCGUGGUGUCGUGUCGACCCUUAAUUCAAUUUAAUUUUAAUAAUGAGGAUCGCCGUGGAAGGUUGUGCUCAUGGCGAAUUAGAUAUUAUUUAUGAAACUAUACAGGAGAUUGAAAAAAUAGAUGGGAGGAAGAUAGAUCUCCUUAUUUGCUGCGGCGAUUUUCAAGCUACCAGAAAUUUAAGCGAUUUAGAAUGUAUGGCAGUUUCGGACAAAUAUAAAGAUAUAUGUACAUUUUACAAAUAUUAUUCGGGUGAGAAAAAAGCUCCAGUGUUAACCAUUUUCAUUGGCGGUAAUCACGAAGCAUCAAAUUAUCUUCAGGAAUUGCCAUAUGGAGGAUGGGUUGCGCCUAAUAUUUAUUAUCUUGGAUAUGCAGGUGUAGUACAAGUGGCUGGAGUUAGAAUUGCAGGACUUUCAGGUAUCUAUAAGAGCCAACAUUGGAUGCAAGGGCAUUAUGAAAAGCCUCCGUAUACUGACAGCACUAUACGAAGUAUAUAUCAUAUCAGGAAUUUGGAAGUCUUUAGAUUAAAACAGCUCUCUGGCAAAAUUGAUAUUUUUCUGUCACAUGACUGGCCAGCAGGUGUAACAAAAUAUGGAGAUGAAGACGCAUUAUUAAAACGAAAACCAUUUUUUAAAGAUGAUAUAGAAAGCAAUACACUUGGUAGUCCUCCAGGUAUGGAAUUGUUGGAACGUCUUUAUCCAUCUUACUGGUUCUCCGCGCAUUUACAUUGUAAAUUCGCGGCGCUCAUUCCCGAGAAGGGAGGGGCACGAGUAACGAAAUUCCUAGCGCUGGAUAAAUGUCUACCAAAACGAAAAUUUCUUCAAGUAUUGGAAGUACGUUCACAGGAGGAUGGUCUAAUACAAUUGGAUUACGAUCUCGAAUGGUUAACGAUACUAUACUUAACGAAUCAUUUAUUGAGUGUCAAGAGCAAUAUUCACUACAUGCCCGGUCAGUACGGCGUCGGCAGGUGGACAUACACGCCCACUACGAAAGAGAAACAAACUGUGUACAAGAAAUUUAACUCCAAUUUACAAAUUCCUCACAACUUCACUCAAACCGUCAAACCAUACGAUCCGCAUGAUACAUACAUGCGAAUUGAGCAGCCACGAUUGCUGAUAAACGAUCAGACUACUCAAUUUUGUCAAAUUGUGUACAAACCGAACCAAAUUGCAAGAAAUUUAAACGUCGGAAUUAUUCUGUAUAUUCUAAUACACUCUAACUGUGAUAGUGUUUUUUUAAAAUACAUAUUUGUAUCAAUUAUCUUGAACGCAAAAAUGGACAAGUUGACUAUCAUCUCGGGGAUAUUGUUUUUGCUGGCGGACAUUUCUGCCAUAAUUAGCAUUGCCAUGCCGGAUUGGAUCAUCACCGAUGUCGGCGGUGAUACAAGACUGGGUCUCAUGUGGUCAUGCAUGACCUUGUAUAACAGACCACAAGUUUGUUACAAGUCAGAUCUGCAAUCAGAAUGGUUGAUGGCACUAGUCUGCAUAUUUGUAGGUUGCAUUUUGAUAACGGCAACUAUAAUAUUACUGGUCAUUUCACAUUGGGAUCGUAGUGUCAUUCCUUAUGCACGUUGGGUAGGAUUUGGCGCAAUGGUGCUAUUCUGUCAUGCGGCAGUUAUAUUUCCCAUGGGGUUCCAUAUUGACGAAAUCGGUGGGCAACCAUAUCAAUUGCCUAAUUCACAUCAAGUUGGAAUCGCAUAUAUUUUAUUCGUCCUAGCACUAUGGAUCACAGUUAUCUCUGAACUUUUUGCUGGCAAAGUUUGUUUGCCACAUUUUUAGCAUUGUUCCGUAGUACAAGUAUUUAUUAAUUAUAUUCUUUUGACAUUUACACUUAUACUAUUUGUAUAUACUACUUACACUUAUAAUAUUAUAUACAUUAAUGAUAUAUAGAAUUUAUCUUGUAUAAGGAAUAAUGUUAUAUAUGUACAACGUUAUAUUUUAAAUGGGUUGUGCAUGAAAUUUUGCUAUAACUUCUUAUACUAUAUGCCAAGUAGAUUAAAAUACAGGAAAGAUUAAUUGCAUUGACAUUAGAGAGAAGAUUCCUUCCAUCAUUGAAUAAAUCUUCCAUAAAAAUAUAA